AUGUCAGACGAAAGAACUUUUAUUGCUAUUAAACCAGACGGUGUUCAAAGAGGUUUAAUCUCAUCUAUUUUGGGUAGAUUUGAACAAAGAGGUUUCAAAUUAGUUGGUAUUAAAUUGGUUCAACCAACUGAAUCUUUAUUAAGAACUCAUUAUGAAGAUUUACAAUCUAAACCAUUUUUCCCAUCUUUAUUAUCUUAUAUGUUAUCUGGUCCAGUUUUAGCUACUGUUUGGGAAGGUAAAGAUGUUGUUAAACAAGGUAGAGCCAUUUUAGGUGCUACUAACCCAUUACAAUCUGCUCCAGGUACUAUUAGAGGUGAUUUUGCCAUUGAUAUGGGUAGAAAUGUUUGUCAUGGUUCUGAUUCUGUUGAAUCUGCUAACAAGGAAAUUAACUUGUGGUUCAAAAAAGAAGAAUUGGUUGAAUACAAACCAGCUUUGUUUGGUUGGAUCUAUGAAUAA